AUGAGCGGGCCAACAGCUAAGAGCAAGAGAGGGCCGACGGUGCUCAUGACCGACAGCCGCGACGCUGCACCCCGAGCACCCCAACGACCCGGCGCAGGACAGCGACAGGCGACAGGCGCGCGCUUGAUCUCGGUGGACAACAUCCUGCAGUACGCCUCCGACAUUCCCUCGCAGCAGCAGCGACGCGGCCCACCUGGCAACGCCAACCGCCCCAUCAUGCACACGCGCACCCCCAGCGGCCGCCAUCCGCUCGAUCCCAGACUCACUGGCCGCCUGAUCCCCCAGCACAUGCCCACGCGCUCCAGCAAGCUCAGCGAAAAGCUCGUCCUGCUGCCCGAGACGGAGGGCCAGAAGGAGGACGAGAAGGGCGACUUUGACGACGACGAGUACGAGGGCCCGCCCACCGACGAAGACCUUGCGCGACGGACUCCCAAGGGCGGGCCAAACGACAAGAGCUAUGCCGAGCGCCUGCCCAAAGCGAAGCGGACGGAUAAGCUCUCGCGCGUCACGGCCUACUGCACCGCCCAGGCCUAUAAGAUGAAGAGCACCGCUCAGUUCGUCAAGGACACCCACAAUGCGCGCACCAAGCUGUACGACGACUGCCUCUACACCGUAUACCACCUCCCGCUUCUGCCCGGAAACGAUGGCUACCGGGUCCGCAGUAGCCCGGCGCUCAAGAGCCCAGGCGGAAAGACGGUGCUCGACGAAGAAAUCGAGCGCAACGAGCAGCGCGAUCAUCACGAAGGCUACUUUGGCGACGAAGAGACAUACUACGUGCGCGACGACCACGAGCUCGACCAGCCCUGGGACGGCAUGCACGACCGCCGAGACUCGACCGAGAACUCCAGAAUCGCCCCCAAUGCGCUGACCUUUGGCGAGAUGUUCGUCUUCUCGUACGGUGUCGUCGUUUUUUGGAACUUCACAGAGAAGCAGGAGAAGGACAUCUUGGCCGACCUCACCUUCUCCGCCGUCGCUACCGGAAUCAACAUCGCAAGCCGACCCUUGGCCGAGUCCGACUUUGAGACGGAAGAGUUCCAUUUCGAAUACAACCCCGAGAUUCAGCGUCCCCGCGUCUACAACGACAUGAUUACCCUCAAGAGCGGAGACCACAUGAUCAAGCUAGCCAUGAGCCACGCCAUCGCGCAGAGCACCAAGCUUAGUCUGUUUGAGGAGAGCAUGAGCCGGACGAUGCUUGCCGCGCAAUACGUACCGAAGCGCUUAGCACUUACUGGAAAGUUGGGCAUGAGGAGGACGGAUGUAGUCAAGAUGAUUGGACAACUCUUCACCAGCCGUGUCGAGGUGAACCUAUCAUCGAAUAUGCUCGACACCCCAAGCUUCUUUUGGGACUCUGAACCUACCCUCCACCCACUCUACACCGCCGUCCGCGAAUACCUCGAGAUCAAACCCCGUAUCCAAGUUCUCAACGAGCGAUGCCAAGUCUUCUUAGAUCUGGGCGAGAUUCUCUCCGACUCCAUCAGCGACAAGAAGAUGACCAAGAUUACGUGGAUCAUCAUCGUACUCAUUGUCCUGAGUAUCUGCAUAACGUGUCUGGAGGUGCUGCUCCGCUUUGCUAUUCUGCAAAAGGGCAGGACCAACGUUCCCGUGGCUGGAGAUUUGGAAAUCAGGGCCGUGGGUGGACUCAAAGGCAUGGGUCCGCCCGCGUAUGCUGGCCCGGGUCUACUCGCCGCGAGGAGUUUGGUUUGGUUUGGCAGCGGGGUGAAGGGUCUUUUGGUUGGUUGA